UCCACAGUCACACACACACACAGCGGCGGGGCGGGCAACAUGGCGGCCUCUAUCUCCCCGCUACGCUCCUCCUACAGGAUUUGUAACGGUCUAUCCUUCCACCACUGCCGAGCCAAACUGCGGAUGCACAGAAAGUGCGAGAGCCAGAGAAGACAUCUCCAUGCGUCAGUCACCAGGCAUGCUGCGGUGGUGGUGUCAGGGACAGAGAUGGCACGUCAGAUUCACAGAGAGAUCCAGAGGGAGGUGGAGGAGCUGGUCACCGGCGGCAACAUGAGACCCCACCUGGGUGUGGUGUUGGUUGGGGACGACCCGGCUAGUCGCACCUACGUCAGGAACAAGACCAGAGUUGCUAGUUUACUGGGUAUCUCUAGUGACACGGUGGUGAAACCUACCUCUGUCUCUCAGGAUGAACUACUGGAGCUGAUAGACAAGAUGAACAGAGACUGGAAGGUCUCAGGCCUGCUGGUACAACUACCUCUACCAGGGCACAUCAAGGAACGUGCUGUGUGUAACGCCAUAGCUCCGGAGAAGGACGUGGAUGGGUUCCAUAUCGUCAACAUAGGGAAGCUGUGUCUGGGCCAGACGUCUAUGGUGCCUGCUACACCUGCUGCUGUAUGGGAGAUCAUCAGAAGAGCAGGUAUCGAGACAGUGGGGAAGAACGUGUUGGUGGCGGGACGCUCUAAGAAUGUAGGCUUGCCCAUCGCCAUGUUGCUUCACACAGACCGCAACCACCAACGCCCUGGAGGUGAUGCCACGGUAACCAUCGCCCACAGGUGCACCCCCAGAGAGCAGCUGAAGGAACUGACCCGUCUGGCGGACAUCGUCAUCGCAGCUGCAGGUGUGCCUGGGCUGAUCACAGUAGACAUGGUGAAGGAGGGGGCAGCGGUCAUCGACGUGGGUAUUAACCGUGUCCAGGACCGGACCACAGGAAAACUACGACUGGUCGGAGACGUGGACUUUGAAGGGGUGAAGGAGAAGGCGGGGUUUAUCACGCCAGUUCCUGGAGGGGUGGGGCCUAUGACGGUCGCAAUGCUGAUGAAGAAUACUGUUGCUGCUGCCAGAUACGCACUGACACACUGAAACACACACACACACACACACACACACACACGUCACACACACACACACACACACACACACACACACACACACACUAAAACACACACACACUAAAACACACACACAAUGAAACAGAUGCUGAAACACACACAUACACUGAAACGCACACUCCAAGCAGAGCCAUACCAAGCACGUUAACACACUCCGUACAUCAUGGGGUGUUGGUUGCUUUAUUUCAUGUGUUGUUGUUUUUUUAUUCGAGUUAUUUAAGUUAUUUAUUUUGAAGCUCUUAUUUGAGAGUUUUUAAAUGUGUGUUUCUUUCUACCGAAGCCGUUUAGUGUUUAACGUUACUGAAUAAUAUUACGGCUGGUUCAACUGGAAGAACAAAACAAAUAAUAAAACUCUCUAACCUGGUGACUCUGACUGGACCCACCCUCACACUAUGGAGUAUUUAUAAUCGCAGCGUGACUCUCUGUUACUCUCUGUUACUCUCAGCGUUACUCUUUGGGUUACUCUCUGGGUUACUCUCUGAGUUUCUUUAGUGGAGCAGGAGCAAAAAAAAUAUAUUUAUAUAUCACGGUGUACAAGACAUCUGUCUGAUUCAAGCUGAGUGGAUUAAUACAUUGUGGAGGCCCUGGGCUGCUGUAAUUGUAUAUGGUUAUAUUACAUUAGAUGGACAAUGGUGCAACAGCAAUAAAAAAUGUUAUUAUUUUGUAACAAAUACGCAUUCUCCGUGUUUGGAUAGCGGUCGCUGUCCACGUUUCUGAAACACAUCAGUGCGCUGUUGAAUUUGCGCGCCUUUUCCUAGACCAUGUUGCUAUGUGCAUAAUAGCAAAGUUAACCAGCAUAUUGGUGUUGAGAACAAUGGCGCAGAGGCAGCAGCAGAAUGAAGAGUUGAGAAAACAGCCAUUGCCUUAGUUUUCUAAGAAAAGUGAGGAGGGAGGAAACCCCGAACUUAAUUAGGUCUAUAAUCAAUAGCCUAACUAUUAAAUGUGCCUGGCUUUAUAAAUCAUCAAUAUAUCUACAGAAAUAAAACAGAUCCUGCUUCUGUU